GCCUCACAUCUUUAUAAGAGAGCGUGCGUUAAGAGCGAGCAGAGUCCCGGGACCCAGCAGAUACCCUGAUCACAAGCCCUCUAAUUAUCCAUUCUCAACCUGAGAAACAUUAACACAUCUACAGCCAUGAGACUCAGUGUGCUCUUCUUCCUCGUGUUCCUGGGGUUCCUCUCCAUCACUUUGGCACAAGGUUCCUAUGAGGACUGCUGUCUGCGCUAUGUUAGCAGCAUAAGCUCACACAGGAUGAAAAAUGUGGUCAGCUACAGACAUCAGGUGCUGGAUGGGAGCUGCAACAUCCGGGCAGUUGUGUUCAAGAUGAGGAAAGGCAGAGUCUUCUGUGCGAACCCCAAAGUUAAAUGGGUGAAGAAACUGAUGGAUAGAGUUGACAAGCUGUCGAAGUAGGGUCAGAGAACGUGAGACAACAGAGGGUUCAGAAGACUAAUGUUCGGAUCUACAGUUUGAACCUGAGAGGAUGCCAGCACCCUCUGAUGUUUCUGUCCUGAGGUCUUGCUGUCUCGCUGUGGUUCCACCUGCUGUCUCAGACUCAGCUUUGGCGUACUGGCUACCCAGCAUGCAUUGCAGCCAGAUGUUAGCGGACUUUAUUUUGUAGCUCUUCCUGCAUUUUGUCCAAACUAUAAGCUGCUAAUAUCACCACUCUUUCCCAUGUUUCCUACACAACACUACUGUCCACUUCCUGCGGCCCAGUGGGCAGCGCCCGGAUCUGGGUGCACAUGUGAGAGUACGGAGGGCUGCAUGUGUAAGCUAUUAAGAGAUAAAGAAUGUCUGUAAUCGUUCACGCUUUUAUGGCCAGGAGCUUCGCGGUAGCUGAUAACGCUAUAGUCCAAUCGUGGGUGGAACAGUUUUGCAAUCAGAUCAAAUAUUGUUUUUCACCUGUUUCCUUAUGAGAUUAGCUGUAACGAGAGUGCGUCUUUCACUGGGAGUAACCUUUGAACUUGUAAGUAUUGUGUAUAUUGUUCUCUCUGCUUUGACGUUUGCCUCGCACAAGUUAAUUGUCGUAAUUAUUGUUAUAAUAAUGCUGAAUGCUGUUAUAAUUCUAUAUAACUUUAAAUUGUUAUUGUUUUUUUGAGGUACACUGAUAAAUGUACAGUUGAUACAAAAUAUUUUGCAAAAAUGCCAAAGAAGACCCAUUUUGGUCCCAACAAAAAUCUUCAGUUGGUACAUAAUCCAAAAAAAUAUUCAUAAAUCGCAUAAUUGUUCUCAGCAAUGCUCUUUAAUGAUGGAUCCAUGAUGGUCUUUUUCAAUUGAAAAAAACAAACUCUUAAAAACACUUUUUUUGUAAAAGAGAUAAAUGUAAAUGUGAUUAACUUUUAAAGCUUUAAAGGCUUUGCUCAAUUUAUGUUUUCAGCAGUCAAACUUUUGUAAAUGUCAUUUUAUUCACUUUUUAUAGCAACAAUAAGCCUGUAAAUGUUUAACUAUUGCACAUCUGAGUCACAUGGAAUUUGUCAAGGGAGUUUCCUUUGUCAUUUCAAUUACUACUUUUCAGAUGAACUAUUUUUGUAUUGCUUGUCAAUAUUUGUGUUUAUACUUCACUAAUAAAAGAUGGUGAGUUUCCUCUUA